GAGCUUGUUGAGGGCUGUCUUAAGACGGAAUAUGCUAAGCAGAUAGGUUAGUGUUUAUGUGUGCUGCUGGAGAGAUAGGCUACUGUAACUGAGAGUGAGGUGGCGUUUCGUUUUCCAUACCAACUGUGCUGCGUGGUCAGUAGAGGCGACGUUGAAAAGACAGAUAUCAUUUUCGGUUAUUCCUUUCCUUUUCGUUUUUCUGUCGACACUGACAACAAACGCAGGUUUCCUGUGUGCAGUCUGGUAGUAGAAAGGACUUGGAAGCGAAAGGGAGUUUGUUCAAAUGUCAGCAAUGACAAUUGGAAUAGAACUAUGCGGUAAUUAAUCGUUGGUGUUGCAGCCAUCUAAUUCACCAUAGCGCGGUUAUCCGUGGCAGCGCUGAACGCAGAGGGGGCUGCACUGUGUCCCGGCCACAGCUUCACUUUCACGGUGGCAAUAGGUGUAUUCAGUUAUUUUGGAUCAUUGCGGGAUUUGAUCUUGAACGUGCAAGGAAGGAACGCGUAACCGCUUAUUGAUGAACGAACCCGUGGUACACCGUUUAUAAUUUACUCGUGAACCGAACUGUACACACUAUACUGUUAUUAUUACCAUUGCUCCAGUCGAGGAGAAAUACCAUGAAUAUGCAGCAACCCGUUUUGAACUGUUGCGAUUGUCAAACGUGAAGUAGCUGUGGCUUGCUUUUUGAGCCAAGGAGAAUAGCCAUAGUUUACCAGUUAUGGUGUUAAUACAUUUAUAAUAGUCCACGACAUUCUACAUUUCAAAUCCACCCUGAACAGCAUAUUGGUGCUCUUUUUUUAAUACGGAGGAUUUAAUUUAUAAUUUCGCGCUGAGUUUGCAGUGACCCUUGGGGACUGCUGGUCUGGAAUAGCAACAAAGGACGGGGGCGUGCAUUCAUGGAAUGCAACUUUGACAGCUCUCCACUACUUAUCUACUGACUUUAUCAGCGGGCAACGGGGACGAACUAGUAAUUGAAGGAGAGAUGGCCGAGAUCCCAACUCCCAGUCCUCUCCAUGAGUUGGACGUGGCCAUAGACCCAGACUUCGAGCCACAAAAACGGCCAAGAUCGUGCACCUGGCCGUUGCCCCGACCCGAGUCCAAUGCGGGGAAACCAGAAAGCAACGACACUGACAUUAUACCCGAAGAAGAGGAUGAUGAAGAGGAACAACAUGCCACUUCCAUGGCCAUCAACGUCAAUGGCACCAGCUCCAGCGUGGGAGCAGACCACCAGAACAGCAACAGCCCUACGGCCGAAGGACUGCUGUCUGGACUGGAGAACGGAGGCUCCCCGCUCUCCUCCCACUCCCCCACGACCACUUCGGGCGCACUCGGCACCAGCGGCCCGGGUUCGCAGACGCCACGGAAGUCUUCGUCGCGCAGGAACGCGUGGGGGAAUCUAUCAUAUGCUGACCUGAUAACCAAAGCCAUAGAGAGCACGCCGGACAAGAGAUUGACUCUGUCUCAGAUUUAUGACUGGAUGGUGAGAUGUGUGCCGUACUUCAAAGACAAAGGCGACAGCAACAGUUCGGCUGGGUGGAAGAACUCCAUCCGGCACAACCUCUCCCUCCACAGUCGUUUCAUCCGUGUCCAGAACGAGGGAACGGGAAAGAGUUCCUGGUGGAUGAUAAACCCGGAGGGAGGGAAGGGCGGGAAGGCCCCCCGGCGCCGUGCUGUCUCCAUGGACAACAGCAACAAGUACACCAAGUCCGCCCGCGGCCGCGCAGCCAAGAAGAAGGCGGCCCUUCAGGCAGUGGUGGCCGGCGAGGGGGGCGGAGACAGCCCCUCGGGGCUUUCCAAGUGGCCGGGCAGCCCCACAUCACGGAGCAGUGAGGAGCUGGAUGCCUGGACAGACUUCCGCUCACGCACCAACUCCAACGCCAGCACGCUGAGUGGGCGCCUCUCACCCAUCCUGGCCAACCCAGAGCUGGACGAGCUGCUGGACGAUGAGCCGCCACUAUCGCCCAUGCUCUACUCCAGUCCCGGCGAGGCACUGUCGCCUGGGAACACCCCCACGCCCAAUGGGAAGGGACUGCCCACAGAGCUGCCUCGCCUGGCAGACCUGGCGGGCACUAUGAACUUGAACGAGGGGCUGACGGAUGACCUAAUGGAUGAGCUGCUGGAUAACAUCGCCCUGGCCCCCACCCCAACUGGACCAGCCACCCAGAGAGGAUCCUCCGGGCUCAGCUUUGGCUCCAAGCUUGCCGGACUGGGCUCCUCCUCCCCAACCACCUCUCCCUCUACUCCAUCCCCCUCUAAUGGUGCAGGCGGCGGUGGCUACUGUAACUCCAUAUUUGGUCCCCUCACAGUAGGCUCCUCCCUGCGGCCCGCCCCCAUGCAGACCAUCCAGGAGAACAAGCAGACGUCCUUCUCCUGCAUCUCCCGCUUCGGGAGCCAGACCCUGCAGGAUCUGCUCAGCUCAGAGGGCCACAGCCACAGCAACGUCAUGAUGACCCAGUCUGACCCACUGAUGUCACAAGCCAGCGCCGCCGCUGUUAUCUCCCAGAACUCCAGGCGAGGCUUUGUUCUCCGCAGCGACCCCAUGAUGACCUUUGGGACCACAGCGUUAGGGCAGGGGGUGCUCCUGCACAACCACAACCAGGGCUCCCUGAGGACACUGAAUGGGGGUCCGAGCCUGAACAACGAGGCCAACAGCCUGGCCAACGCCAAGCAGCAGCUCCUGCACUCUCCACUGGGACUUGGAUCAAACGGCUCCUCCAUGAUGCAGAUUGACUCGUCCCUCUUCCUGAACGGGAGCGUUGGUGGAAACGGUGGGAUCUGCUCACUAGGCCCUGACCGCUUCCCAACCGACCUGGACCUGGACAUGUUUAACGGGAGCCUGGAGUGUGACAUGGAGUCCAUCAUCAGAAACGAGCUGAUGGACGCAGAUGGCCUGGACUUUAACUUUGACUCCCUGACCAACCUGAACGGACCCAAUCUGGGCAGCUUUACCAGCACCAAGCAGGGACCCCAGAGCUGGGUCCCUGGCUGAAAGAAAGGCCACACCCUAGAGUGGGCAGAGCAGGUACAAACUGUAGAGCAAGAGAAGAUCAGACACAAAGCAUCCUUUUUGCCAAGCCUGCCAUCAGCACAACAUGGAAUAAAACCCCUCUGUUUACACAAGACCUCCUCUAGAGAAAUGUACCUUUUCUCCCACUCUGACGGACCAUGAAUGAUUUGAAGUACACAGACUCACAAGACGUGACCGUCAGAUCCUCAAAGACCCCUGCAAAACAAACAAACAAUCUGAAAUCAUCACAACAAACUCAUCUCAGAAUUAUGCAAUCUUCCUUUGAGCAAAUACCAGUCGGACAAAAUCUAUUGUAAAGAUACAGAGCGAGAGGGGCUGUGUUUUGUUUAUUUGAAGGGUUUUUGGGAAACAAGGACAUUUGGCAAGCAAGGUUGUAGUGUACAAGUAGCUCCUGGAAGAAAAGGACAAAAGAUACACAAAAGUGAUGUGGUGUAAAAUCUAAUACAGUGAUUUCUGGGAUGUGUUAUGUUGGAAAAUCUUCCUCUGUUUUCACUCAGUGAUUUUAAAUGUUUUAGGUUUGUUUUUAAAUUCCUGUUUUACCAUCAUCACUGUUUCUGCACCACAGUUGUUUUAUAAAAAAACUAUUGAUGAAAUGAAAGAGAGGAAUGAGACAGUUUCUGCACUCAAAAUAGCGACAACACACACACACACGUUACACACACACCGAUGAUGUCAAACAAUAAUGCCAUGCAUUUCAGGUUUCUGGUGUUUUGUUGUUUUCCUUUUACAUGAGUUUGAUUGAUUAGUCACGGUUUUAAAAUGCCUUAUAGAAAAAAACCUGUAAAAAAUAGAAAAAAAACAAGAAGAAGAAGUCUGUCAUGGAUCUGUGUACAGUACAGUGGAAGCUUCAACUUAAAGGAAGAGCCGAGGAGGAGGAGGAGUUUAGACCUUCUUUCUAGUUAAUGGGUGGGGUAUGUCAACGUGUUGUAGUACAGCAUAUGUAGCCAAAAUAAAUACCUAUGUCCUAGCAUUGUGUACAUUUCCACGCCAUAACUGGUGCUAUGAUGUAAACAGUGUUUGAGUCCAGGCUAGUAAGCCGUGCAUUUUACCUAUCUGGCCCGGCGGACCCCGCCGAGCUGUAGCCGUAGUCGUAGCAACGACAGGGUGGCACUGAGAGGCCGGGAGGUUGUACAGUUAGCCUCCUCCAUCUCUGGCAGCCAUUUUGUUUUUCUUGAGUGAAACGAUAAGCUAUCUGUGUAUGUUGCCAAAUUACUUGAAACAACAUGUAGGAGAUGCUGGCAGCCAAAACAACACCACACACACACACACACACACACACACACACACAAACACACACACACACACACACACACACACACACACACACACACACACACACACACACACACACACACACACACACACACACACACACACACACACACACACAUGCAUGAACACACACACAUGCAUGAACACACACACACAUCACACACACACUUAGUGAAAAAUAAGAGCAGGGAUUUGUGUUUUAGCUCUGCUUGUUGUUUCGUUGUGGGCGUGUUAUUAUAUGCAUAUACCAUCACUCAGGGGGAAGAGGGAGCUAGCCCGUUCCAACGUUACACCAGGUCCCAUCUCCAUGGCAGAACACACAACAACAUGUUGGCAAAGAACUAUUGCUUGUGUUGUAAACUUGUAACCUGUGAACUAUGACCUUUCAAGCGGAAGAGAAGAAAGAAAUCAGGAGAAGGAUCUGACUCUUCACUCGGUCCAGUCGUUUGUUUUUAUGUCGUUGUAGUUUUUUCUCCUCAUAUGGGAAUCAUGACACGCGCACACACACUUCCCUCACACAACACACCCCUAACACACACACACCCCUCACACACACACCCCUAACACACACACACACUACCCUCACACACACAUCCCUAACACACACACACACACCCCUCACACACACACACCCCUAACACACACACCCUUCGCAGACACGCCUGGUGCUCCUAACAGGUCUCUCCUGUAUCUCCUGAGUGUGUGUUUGUGUGUGUGACUCGUUUAUUGAUCUCGUUUAUUGAUUUUGUCUCACGAGGAUAUGUUAUCCUUCGUUAUCCUUCAUGGAGCAUACAGCACCCCCUCUGUGUGCAUGUAUAUAUUUAUGCAUUAUGAACUGUAUGAAAUGCAUAUAUAUACUUACUCUAUGACCUUAUAUACUCAUGUAGUACUUGACCCUUGGUUUUUAUGAUACCUCGGAAGGUAGAGUUGAAGAAAGAACAGAACAUUACUUGCUGGGUAAGGGGGUGGAUGCUAUGCUAAUAUUAGUAACGCCAUUGUUGCUGAACCAGAUAGAUAGAGAACCAGGAAACCAUGCUUGUAGCAGCAUCUGGGCCUCUGGUACCCCUUCUGUGUCUGGGGUCUUUAUCCAGAGGGUUGCCCCGUCCUGUCUAUCCUGUAAAAUAGUGUACAAACGAACAAACGUGUGUGUGUUUGUCCGUCAGCCAGAGGUUGAGGCAGAGGAGUGUGUUUGCAUGGCUGGGUAGAUUAUCAACUGUAGAAGGGUUACCUGAGGUUUACGGCAUGACAGCCCCCACCCCAUAGAGAUCCUAUGAAAUUACUAAAGGAGAUUUGUGAUGAACCCUCAUAGUUUCAGAAUGGGGUGAAAAUGACAGCCAUAUUGGUCAGAGAGAAAUCCAAACGAUUUAAAUUGGAAUGAAUGGCUGUAGCAGCAUAAUUGUGUAACAUAAUUAUUGUCAACCUAAAACAUUUUCAUAUAAAUACCGUUUAUACGGGUAUUAUACAAAUGUUCUGUAUAAAUAACCACUAAAAUACACUAUAUAUACAAAAGUACGUGAACACCCCUUCACAUUAGUGGAUGCAACCUUUCCAACAAGUUAGUUCGUUAAAUGUCUGCCCUGCUAGAGCUUCCCCGGGUCAACUGUAAGUGCUGUUAUUGUAAAGUGGAAACGUCUAGGAGCAACAACGGUUUGGGGAAGGCCCUUUCCCAUUUUAGCAUGACAAUGCCCCCCAUGCACAAAGCAAGGUCCAUACAGAAAUGGUUUGUCAAGAUCGGUGUGGAAGAACUUGACUGAACUGCACUGACCCCUGACCUCAACACCAUCGAACACCUGGAAUGAAUUGGAAUGCCAAGCCAGGCCUAAUCGCCCAAAAUCAGUGCCCGACCUCACUAAUGCUCUUGUGGCUGAAUGGAAGCAAGUCCCUGCAGCAAUGUUCCGACAUUAGUGGAAAGCCUUCCCAGAAGAGUGGAGGCUGUUAUGGCAGCAAAGGGGGGGACCAGCUCCAUAUCAAUGCCCAUGAUUUUGGAGUGAGAUGGUGGAUGAGCAGGUGUCCACAUAUUUGUUGGUCAUUUAGUUUAAUGUAAUCAGACAAUAAAGUCAAGAUGUUUGUUUUUCUUGGAAAUCUGUGAGUGCUUAAUAGCACUAAAAGUCGUAGACCAGUGGUGCACUUAGCUUACUCGGUAUGAUGAGAAUCUCUAUGAGUCCCCGUACACACAGCCAGGAGAGUAGAUCCCCUAAGCUUGACGUCUUCUAACCCCAUCCGUCUCUGGAACCUGUGACUUCCAACAAACCAAGAGUCUUCUAUAGCUCUUCACUGCACCUUACCCUAUAGACUCAUCUCUGCAUUUGACCUUUCUCUCUGGAAGAGAGAUGUCCAAAGCCAUCAUGCCAUUAGCACUGCAUUUCAACAUGUCUAUAGUGUACAGGCAGACAGAGAAGGGAUGAAAGAACCCAGUCAGCCCAGAACAGAUGCAUUCUUUGCUACUGCGUUUAGAGGAAACCGGAUGGCUCCUUUGGCCCCAUAAUGGUGGCACAUGCCAGCCACAGCACAGUACUGCCCCCGUGUCCAUGUCAAAGCUCUUCUCGAUCCUAGAACUUUACACCCCUCGUUAGCCCCGUCCCCCACCUGCUCUCCUGUCACCUAUGCCCUCUGCUCUUUGACCUCUGUAGUAACUUUGCUUCUUCUCGACGAUGUUGAUGUUAGUGGGUAUUUUUCCUGUGUAUUCCAUUUUGAAUUGUAAUCUAGUUUGUAUAAGAAAUGGUGGGCAUGUAAAUAAAGCUUGGUGAAACUCCACACUCUCUCCUG